CCUAUUUCCAGAUUUUGGCGCGUUCACUCCGCGGUGUGGUAGUUUUGUGUCAAACCAGCCAGAACAACUUUAAUAGGUUUUCAUAUAUAUACAUUUCUAGCAAUGCUGUCCUCAGAUUACGACCCAGCAUCGCUGCCAGAUCUAUUGCCUUUGUAUUACAGGCGACUUUUCCCAUAUUAUCAAUACUACCGGUGGUUGAACUAUGGAGGAGUGACAAAGAACUACUUCCAGAACCGAGAGUUUAGCUUCACCCUGAAGGAUGACAUUUACGUUCGAUACCAGUCUUUUAGUAGUCAGCACGAGUUGGAGAAAGAGAUGCAGAAGAUCAACCCCUUCAAGAUUGACAUCGGGGCUGUCUACAGUCACAGACCCAAUCAGCACAACACAGUAAAGUCUGGAACCUUCCAGGCUCUGGAGAAGGAGUUGGUGUUUGAUAUUGAUAUGACAGACUACGAUGAUGUCAGAAGCUGCUGCAGUGCUGCAGACAUCUGCCCAAAAUGCUGGACUCUGAUGACUAUUGCCAUCCGUAUCCUGGACAGGGCCCUUCGAGACGACUUUGGUUUCCAGCACUGCCUGUGGGUUUACUCUGGCAGACGAGGGGUGCAUUGUUGGGUGUGUGACGAGGCAGCCAGAAAGCUCUCUGUGGCAGCACGCUCUGCUGUUGCAGAGUACCUCAGCCUUGUGAAGGGUGGGGAAGAGACAGCAAGGAAAGUGGUGCUGACAGACCCAAUUCAUCCUUUCAUCAAAGAGGCCCUGACAGUGGUGACGCAGUACUUCCCUCAGUAUGCUCUAAAGGACCAGGACAUAAUGGGCAUCAAGGAGACUAUUGACAAAGUGCUCACACUCGUCCCUGAAGAUAUCAGGAAGGAGUUGCUGCAGUACUUUCAGAGUGAGAAAAAUCCUGAGAAGCGCUGGGACAGGCUCAAGAUUCUAGUCGAACAAAAACGUGGAACUACUAAGAAAGGCCACUACUUUGAAAUGGAGAUUAUGCUGCAGUAUUGCUACCCACGACUUGAUGUUAAUGUCAGUAAAGGAGUCAACCACUUACUAAAGAGCCCCUUCAGUGUCCACCCCAAAACAGGGCGAAUCUCUGUUCCUAUUGACCUGAGAGAACUGAAUGAGUUUGAUCCCUUUGAUGUGCCCACUAUCAGUCUAAUCUGUGAGGAGCUUGAUCAGCCCAGAACAGCAGAGGAAGAUGAAGAAGAUGCCAAGGAGAAAGAGAAUGAGAAAGAGGCAGGAGAGCGACGGAAGUUGAGAGACUACAAACGUACAAGCUUGGCAAAGUAUGUGAAACUGUUUGAUCAGUUUGUGGAAAGCAUGGUACGCUCUCGGAAAGGCGAGCUUCUGAAAAAGAGUGAUAUGCAAAAGGACUUUUAAGUCUACAGAUGUUGUAUGUGUGAUCUAAUUAAAUGUCCACAAUUUGAUUAUGCUCAUUGCAUUUAUAUUAAAGGUAUAACUUACCCUACAGCUACUCAUGCACAUACAUUCUGCAUUUUUUUUUUUUACUGUGCAUAUUUUGGUUGUCAUUUCUUAAAUAAAAUACUUUCAUACCUUUA